GAAGUGCAGCAGUACGCGCUCCCGGUAGAAUCAUCUGCAAACCCCAAUACGGUUGUGCAGGUGAUGGAAAUGGUGAGUUCAUGGUUCGUUAGGCGAGUCGGCGAAAACCCAUUUUUUUGGUAGCCAAACCACGCGGAGCUCAUGUCAUUGUACGUUUCUGACACCGCAGAUGGUGUAUACGGAGACUCUGGGAACGAUCUCAGUGAGAUCAGCCAGGUUGCUCUAUUAGAGAGCCAGGAUACCGGGGCAAGUAGCCACUUGAAUUUCAAGAAUCCUGCCGACGAUUUGGAACAAGAUCUCCAGCUUGCCAUUGUUCCGACUGACACCGCUACUUUGGUUCCUCAAAGAGUGUAUCAGCCGCGAGGAGAAGCUGAACGAGAGAAGUACGUACACACGGCGAAUUUAUCUCUUCCUAUCUUCUUCUACGCAGAGAAGCCAAAUGAGCUGGGUAUAACCUUGGAAGAGAUCCUCAAAAAAAAUUCCAGACGUCUUAGCGAUAGGGACGACCUGAUGUUUGAAGGCGGCGGCCAAUCUAUCUCAGUGAGAAUAGAGUGGCCUGGUUAUCCUCCCUGGAAUCGUCAGCUUCUUACCAGAGACUAUCGCAAGACACCAGGACCCAUCACGAAAGCAAAGCUUGCAAAGAGCCUUGCCAACUACAUACGUAAAUUCAUGCAGAAAAUGACGACUCACUGCAUGGAGGCUGACUCUGAUCCCAUGUGGAGGAUUAGUCCCCGUCACAUAAAAUUCGAAGAUCUCAUACUCGUCAGUUUGAAUCAUGUGUCACAAGGGAGUUGGCAGCCUCAGUUACGACUUCGACGACAGAUGCGGGGUGCAUCCAGCAUAGUCUGAUAAACUCUGAGGCUCGUUUCAUUUUUUCAGGGAGAAGGUAUCAUUUUCUCAGGCUCACUUUGGCCCCCGCUACCGGAUUAUUUCUUAUCUCUUUCAAGUCCCAUGAGCACCUAUAUCUCUUCGCAGCUUUUACGGAUAGACACGCCAGAUUCAUCCUAUU